AUAUUUUUUCAUUUUGCAGUUCCUCAAGAGACAAGACUUACUGAAUGUCCUGGCCCGAAUGAUGAGGCCAGUGAGUGAUCAAGUGCAAAUAAAAGUAACUAUGAAUGAUGAAGACAUGGAUACCUAUGUAUUUGCUGUUGGCACACGAAAAGCUUUGGUACGACUACAGAAAGAGAUGCAGGAUCUGAGUGAGUUUUGUAGUGAUAAGCCUAAGUCUGGAGCAAAGUAUGGACUUCCAGACUCUUUGGCUAUCCUGUCAGAGAUGGGAGAAGUCACCGAGGGAAUGAUGGAUACAAAG